AUGCCCCAUGCCGCACUAACCUUGCUCCCCCGACAGGGCCAUGCAUGGGCGUGGGCGGUGACAGACGCCAUACCAGAUCUCGACCGCGAGUUUGCCGUGAUCGAGCCUGACAUGGCCAUGACCUUCCCCUUCCAGCUCGACACUUUUCAGAAGGAGGUGGGUGGGGCAUACUCUCGCCUUGGCCGCUCUCCCCCCUCUCAAAUGGUCCCCCCUCUCCAUGUCCACCUCUCUCACCCUCCAACUCCCGGGGCGCUCGUGCCCUCCAUCCCAUUCAUCCCACCCGGCCACUGCCAGGCCAUAAUCCAUCUGGAGCGCCACGAGUCGGUCUUUGUGGCGGCGCACACGUCAGCGGGCAAGACAGUCGUGGCUGAAUACGCCUUCGCCCUCGCUGCCAAGCACUGCACCAGAGCGGUCUACACAUCACCCAUAAAGGCCAUCAGCAAUCAGAAGUUCCGCGACUUCAGCAAGCGCUUCGACGUGGGGCUGCUGACGGGCGACCUCAGUGUGCGCCCCGAGGCGGCGUGCCUCAUCAUGACCACUGAGAUCCUGCGCUCCAUGCUGUACCGCGCUGCUGACAUCAUCAAAGAUAUCGAAUGGGUGGUGUUUGACGAGGUGCACUAUGUGAACGACAUGGAGCGCGGGGUGGUGUGGGAGGAGGUGAUCAUCAUGCUGCCGCCCCACGUGGGCCUCAUCAUGCUCUCCGCCACUGUGCCCAACACCACGGAGUUUGCGGAUUGGAUCGGCAGAACCAAACGGAAGAAGAUAUUCGUUACAGGCACCACGCGGCGUCCAGUGCCCUUGGAGCACAACAUCUACUACGGCGGUCGUCUGCACCGCAUCUUUGACCGCGGGGACAUCGACAGCACUGCUCUGCGCGCCGUGCACGCCGCACACAAGGCCAAGCACGCUCCUCCCGCGCAGCAGGCUGGGGGAGCGGGGCGAGGGGGCGCGGGGAGAGGAGGGGGAGCAGGCGGGCAGGGGGGGCAGCAGGGGAGAGGCGGGCAGGUGGUGGUGGUGGUGUUCUGCUUCUCCAAACGGCGCUGUGACGAGUCAGCAGACAGCCUGACCUCAGUGGACCUCACCUCCAAGAGCGACAAGAGCGCCAUCGUCAUGUUCUGCAACUCUGCAUUCGCACGCCUUAAGGGCAGUGAUAGGCAUUUGCCACAGGUGGAGCGCAUAUCGGAGCUGCUGCGGAGGGGCAUCGGGGUGCACCAUGCAGGGCUGCUGCCCAUCGUGAAGGAGGUGGUGGAGAUGCUCUUCUGCUCUGGGCUCAUUCGAGUGCUCUUCUCCACCGAGACUUUCGCCAUGGGAGUCAAUGCUCCUGCUCGCACUGUGGCCUUUCAUGCGCUCAAGAAGCAUGACGGCCGUUCCUUCCGCAUGCUGCUGCCGGGGGAAUACACACAGAUGGCAGGCAGGGCAGGCAGGCGAGGGCUUGACAAGUUCGGCACGGUGAUCAUCUGCUGCUGGGAGGGCGAGGAGGUGCCCAGCGAGGUGGACCUUCGGCGGGUGCUGACUGGCAAGGCCACGAAGCUGGAAUCGCAGUUCCGCCUCUCUUACGCCAUGAUCCUCAACCUGCUAAGGGUGGAGGACCUCACUGUGGAGGACAUGUUGAAGCGCAGCUUUGCGGAGGCACAUGCGCAGCGCCUGCUACCCCAGCAGCAGAAGAUGCUGCAGGCGGGCGAGCACGCCCUCGCCCAGCUCGCCAACGCCCAGCCCAUCAGCUGCAUCCUGGGCGACCCGUCGCUCAUAGAGCAGUACUAUGACGUGGCAAGUGAGGCACGUGAGCUGGAUGCGGCCCUGCAUGACGUGGUCAUGAGGUUGCGACAGGCCUCUCAGCUGCUGACACCUGGCAGGGUCGUACUGGUGCAGGCGGCUGAGACUGCAUCGCCCCACGUGGCAGCGCUGCUGAAGGGCCCAUUCGGCCCCACGCCAGCCAAGCACUCCUUUCUCGUGCUCUCCCUGCCGCGCUCGUCUGCUGCACAUGCACCGGGGGAGAGCGGAGAGAGCGGCAACGGACGCGGCGAGGGCUCUGGGAAUGGACAGGAGGGGCGCGAGGAGGAGGGUAGGGAGGAGGAGACGAGGGUGGGUCGAUCGUUUAACCAGGUCACAGUCCUAGGCACGGGUCCCAACGGGCCUAUAGUCGUCAACAUGCGGUUACCACAUCGCGGCACUGUAGCGGGCACGUGUUACACGGUGGAGCAGAUCCCUGCCGCCCAGCUCGUGGGGGUGUGCCGAGCCAAAGUUGCUCUGGAUGUGCCGAGCCUGCUGGAGGAGGUUCGGGUGCCGGCAUAUGCUGCAGCGGUGCAUGCGCUGGUUCAGGUUCGGGAGGAGUGUGCUCCUGCCGAUCCUCCCCUCAUCGACCCCAUCAAAGACCUCAAGAUCGCUGACUCAGCAACGGCAGCCAUGCACAAGCGCCAGCUGGCGCUGCGGGAGUUGCUGCCGCGCAGCCCGUGCCACGCGUGCCACCGAUUGGACGAGCACUACGCUGCUGUUUCCUCCCGCCGCCAGCUGUCGCACCAGGUGGAGCAGCUCAAGGCGAUGACGAGUGACCAGGCACUGCAGCAGCUGCCAGACUUUCACCUGCGAGUGGAGGUGCUCCAGACCCUGGCCUUCAUAGACGCGGACCGCAUAGUGCAGCUGAAGGGGCGGGUGGCGUGUGAGAUGAACAGCGCUGACGAGCUGCUCGCCACUGAGUGCCUGCUCAACCACCACCUCGCCGCCCUCUCGCCGCCCGCUGCCGUUGCGCUGCUCUCGGCGUUUGUCUUCCAGCAAAAGGACGCGUCGUCGCCCCAGCUCACUGCGGAGCUGGCCCAUGCGAGGAACAAGCUGCUGGACCUGGCAUACUUCCUGGGCGACCUGCAGAGGCGAGUGGGGCUGCCCACGUCAGCGGAGGAGUACGCAGCAGCCACACUCAACUUUGGGCUCAUGGAGGUGGUCUAUGAGUGGGCUCUGGGCACGCCCUUUGCUGACAUCUGUCCGCUGACCAACGUGGCCGAGGGAACCAUUGUGCGCACCAUUCUUCGGCUCGAUGAGACAUGUCGUGAGUUCCGCAGUGCCGCUAGGCUGCUGGGGAAUGCGGAGCUCAUGGCGACCAUGGAGGCGGGGUCUGCUGCCAUCAAGAGAGACAUUGUAUUUGCUGCCUCACUUUAUGUCUCAUGA